GGGCUCAAUUGACCUAUUGCUAGCUUCCUUUGGUGUUUUAGACACUCUCCCAGCAUCAGAUGGCCGGAAUGGUUAAUUUCGGCCUCUCUUUCUACGGAUGAACCCGUCAAGACGGUCGGCUGCUGGUUUAAAACGUGUAGGGUUGCGGGACCGUGGGCAAGUUUCGCCUCAUUGGAAGAAAGAGCAACUGAAACCACGACGCAAACUUUAAAAAGAGGCGUAGCACUAUAAAAGCAGGUCGUGUGGCACACCCUGAUGCCCAGCUUCACUUUCUUAAUCACUCAAUUAGCUACUAAUAACCACAUUUGAAUAUGUCGUCUAUCCUUGCAAGUAACAUUCCUGAGUCCGUUCCUCUGUCCAAGAUCGAGCAUUUCUUCUCCUUCUGUGGGAAGAUCGACCGCAUCCAGCCUUACGAACUGUCCAAAGCGGAGGGGGAGCAGUGUGUGCAGGUGAAGUUUGCCAGCCCAAGUGCUGUUGCCACAGCACUGUUGCUGAACGGAGCUGAGCUGGAAGGCCAAGCUGUUGUUGUGCGGGAGUUCAACGAUGGCAACAUCCCACACGAAGAUGCGAAAGCUGGUGGCCAUGCUGGCGAAUUUGCGGAGAGACAGGGGCUCGCAGAGCCAAAGAGCAGCGCAAGUGCUGCUGGCGAGCACGAGUCCAAAGAUGAAGAUGGAGACGGUGACAUUGCCCAGGAGCUGAAGCCGAAGAGUGCGAUCUUUGCAGAGUAUUUGUCCCACGGGUACGUGCUCGGUGAUCAGCUCAUCUCCAAGGCGGUCGACUACGAUAAGAAGAAUGGCUUCUCUGAGAAGUUCAACAAGUUUGUCAAGGACUUGGAUGACAAGUACCAGUUGGAGGAGAAGGGGAAGCAGCUUGAAACGCAACAGAAGCAGUUUGAUGAAAAGUACGGAAUCUCCCGCGGUGUGAACAAGUACUUUGAGAAGGCACAGAGCACCGGCUUGGGCUCAAAGAUCAAGGACUUCUACACGAGGGCCGUCAGCGAUGCCCGCGAGGUGCACGAAGAGGCUAAGAGGCUUGCGGAGCUGAAGAAGGGCGCACCGCUGUCUCCGUUGAUCUCUGGUGAUAAGCAAGGCACUGAAGAGACCGCUGAACAGGCCUCCGAACAGGCCACUGCAGACGAAAAGAAGUAAAC